AGCUCACAGUAAAACCACAUAUAACACAUAUAGCAGUAUGUGGGACUUUCUUCUACCAUCCACGGCAAGAAGCCUUUACAGCAGCUUCACGCAUCAUCCCUCAGAAGACCAGGUCGAUUUCGAAGUCAUCAAAACCAAAUCCUCAUCAAUCCAGCACGAAACAACCAUCGACUCGCCGCGGAAAACCCAAUGCCAGGCGUAUAAUAAAACAAAUGGGAACCGAUGCACUAGACAAUCACUGGCCGUCAAGUGUCAUUUACAUCGAUUUGUGUCAAAUGCGACGGAUAGUGAGCAGUUUGGACGAUAUGCAGACUUCAUAAACCCGACCCUGUCAGAUUUCACAAAACGCAGGCUCUAUGCGGAGCUCUUUAAACCGAUAUCCUCGAAGGACAAGCCCGGGUACAUUUACGCUUACCAACUCAUCAGACCGGAAGGUAACACAAUCAGUCAGUAUGAUUCGACGAUGUACAAAAUAGGACGAACAACGGACAUCAACCGCCGCCUCUCCGAAUGGUCCUCCCGCUGCGGUUUCCGCCCAAAACUCAUCGAAUGUUUCCCGCCUCAGCUCGAUGCAUCUAAUCCCUUCCAUGCCUCUACAGCAUCAAUUUGCCGCUUCUCAGACCGCUGCGAACGACUCAUUCACAUAGAACUGGCAGACAGAUUCCGGGCGGGCCCGAUUGUUUGUCCGGGGAGGUGCAAGGAGGCUCAUUAUGAGUGGUUCAAGGUGCAUCAGCGGGGUGAGGCGGGUGAGGGGGAUGGGGUGGGAGAUCAAGGAUGGAUGGCGAUGAGGCAGAUCAUUUGCAAAUGGGUGGAUUUUAUUCGGAGGGAGCAUGCGAUGGAAGGCGAGCGGCGGGAUGCGGACCAGGUCGGACGUCUCGCGUCGCCUUUCAUUGCCAUCAAAGUUGAAGAUAAGGAAUGCGUAGAGAUGUUGGAGGUUGGAGGCGAUGACGAUGACGACACGUUCUACAGUAUGUCGCAAGCAGACAACAUCAACGAAGAGCUGGACGAUUUCGACGAGGAGUUGCCUGCAUAUGAGGAGCCGCUGGCUGCUUUGGCAAAUGCUUUCGACUGCAUGUGUCUGCUUGAUCGAGCAUAUACCACAAAUACACAUGUGCCGGCCACAGCUGCGUCCACACUUCCCAAUCAUGUUCCUAUCUUGGACUUUGGGAGAACAUUGAAGAAGGAUUCCGCCGGGAUGCUAGCGGGCAGUAUGUCAACCUUGGGGGAAGAUGCCUGGGAAGUCAUUGAGCCUAUCCUCAUAAGAACCAGAUCCUAGAAUCCCACUAUGUGUAUACUUCCGCAGCAGAAACCAGCUGGAGACGUGUCAAAUAACAUUUCAAAACUUUCUAUUCUAAUCUAAA